UUUGGGAGUGAAAUUCCUCGCUGGCCUGAUUGUUGUCUGAGUUAACUCAAACAGAGUCCGAGUUGAUCGACGAAAAGCACAGUACUGUGAAACACAGAGAGAAAGAUACCAUGGCUAUUGAUGCAAUCGAAGCUUCAUCUCCUCCCUCUCAACCCACUUCUAAUUUUAGUUCUUCAAAUCAAAUUCAACACUUCUACGUGGCCGUCGACAGACUCCGCUUCAAAAUGGAGACGUUAAUUGAUCUCCUAGGAGUGGCGGGAAGACGCACGUGCCUUCCGGUAGUGCUCUGCUGCAACUCACGUGACGAGCUCGACGCCGUCUACUCCGCCGUCUCGGAUCUCCCAUACAUUUCAUUGUCUUGUUUGUACAGCGACCAAGCUGAAGCAGAACGAAGUAUAAUUUUGGAGAAAUUCAGGGAAACAACGAUGAAAUGGAGCCAACAUGUGAAGGUUCAGACAGGAGAUGGUCAUGAAAUUGAAAAAGAAGAGCAGAAAUCUUGUAUGAUCGUAGUAACCGAUGCCUGCCUUCCCCUUCUUGCUUCUGGAGAAUCUCCUAUGUUGGCUCGUGUUUUGAUUAAUUAUGAAUUACCAACUAAGAAGGAAACAUAUACGAGGCGAUUGACUUCGUGUUUGGCAGCAGAUGGAAUAGUGAUCAAUAUGGUUGUCGGAGGUGAAGUGGUUACUCUAAAAAGCUUAGAAGAAAGCGCUGGCCUUAUCAUAGCUGAGAUGCCCAUUAAUAUUUCUGAGAUACUGUAAUGAACUGGUUAUUUUUUAUCAUCUGCUAAUUCCUAAACGAGACGGAAGGAUCGUUUUGAACUCUUUAGAGCACUUACAAAUGCCCAGCAUAUCACGCGGUAAAUGCGUUGUUGAGACGUUGAUAUCGAAUGUUAUUGAUGUGAUUUUAUGCAUCUCUUCUUAG